AGAGACUCUGACAGUCGAGAGCCAGAGACCGAGAGAGAAGCACGAUGUCUGAAUUCAGAAGGAUCAUGAUGUCUUCAUUCCUGAUGCUGCUGCUCCACUUUACAGCUGCAGAUGUGAAACCUUACUCCCGCAUUGUCAGAGCUGGAGAUGAAGUCACUUUGCCUUUUGACAAUGUGAUAGAUGAUCAGGAUACGUGUGAGUAUACUACCUGGUACUUCAGGGAUUCAAGAAGCUCAGUGACGCUGUUUGAAUACGGGCAGAUUCACAAAGAAGCCAAAGCUAAAUCAGACAGACUGAGAGUUACAGAGAAAUGUUCUCUGGUUAUAAAGAAGGUCACAGAGGAGGAUGCUGGUAGUUACCUUUGCAGACAGUUCAGAUCAGAACAACAACAACGUUUAUACUCUUGGGUUUUUCUGUCUGUUGUUACCAGUGAGGACAAAAAAACAGCAACAACAACACCAGCAACAACAAAAACAACAACAACAACAACAGCUAAAAAUAACAUGAACUCAGGUGAUGAUGCAGGGAAGGUGACUGCAGUGUCACCAACAUGGACAACAGUGAACAUGAGACCAGCCGGAGAGACGACCAACACAUCUGAAGACAAUCAAACAGAACAAGAGGACAACAAUAAAGGUCACUUGAGGCUCAUCAUCGUGUCUGUGGGUUUAGCAGCUCUCAUCAUCACCGUGGUUACAGUCAACAUGUGGACAAGAGCUAAAGGGAGCAAAGCACAGACGGAAGAAAACAUGGAGCAGAUUGAUGAAGAUGAAGAUGAAGAUGAGGUGAACUAUGAAAACGAUGGAGAGCCGUCUGCCUCUGUGUGACUGAUCAACAACAUCAACUCCCCUCAGAGUCCACUGCUGUCAAACAUCACCUCCUCAUAUUUUACAGCCCUCAUGAUGAUG